ACACCAACGCAAUUGUUCCGCAAGUAGUUAAUUUCCUAGUUCACUCCUGUAGCCAUGUCUUUCGAACUCGCCUUUCGUUGUCGUGUUGCCUCCAUUAUGGAAACUUUGACAGCAACAGCCUUGCAAGACAUCUGUCAACUUAUGGGAGAAACCUAUGCUGCUCUUCGAGUGGAAAUGGUGCAUGAACAAAAUCAAAGUUCGAGGACAAAAUUGCAGGCGAUGGAGAAUGGGACAGGGGUGGAGAAUCCAGCGAACUGCAUGGAGCGCAUUCAAAAACUCAUUUCCCCGCCAGGUUUGAGAGACUUCCCAGUCGUGGAACAAAUCCUCAAUGAACAAGAGGCCAAUGGUCUUUGGCUAGAAGAUGAUCCUACUGUGGAAGAUGAAGGUCCACCGUCACUGGUACUAGAAGGAGAAGAGCCAGCACAGCCUCUUAGUCAGACAACAGACAUGGGGGCGGAGACAUGGCCUGCACCACCGGUCAUCAAACAGGAGGAAAUGGAUGAUGACGACAUGGAGUCUCAAGCGUACGACAAGUGGAUUGCAGUGACGCACUGGGCCGAUCAGAAUAUCACAGGAGAAAGUGACGAGCAAGAGAGAAGUCAAUCAUCUGGGGGAUCCAGAGAACUUGGACUCGACGACUUCAAGACGGAACAGAGUCCGUUGCUGGUGUCAGCUGAGGAUGCUCCGGCACCCACGAAGAAGAAAUAUGAUAAAAGGUACAGCUGUGAAAUAUGUGGAAAGACUGAGAACAAGAAAGCCAGAAUGACAAGUCACAUGCGAAAGCACACAGGGUUGCCCUUCAACUGUGAUAUCUGUGGCGAGAAAUUCCAGUGUCAGAAAUUAUUGACCAGACACAAGCGCUUCAAUCACUACACAGGGAUCAUCUACAGUUGCUCUGUGUGCGGAAAAACUUUCAUGCAGGUCACAUCUCGCGACACGCAUGAGCGUGGUCACACUGGAAAAAACUAUUGGUGCUCCGACUGUGGCGAGACGUUCAAGGAACGCCAGGAUCGCGACACACAUGAGUGUAUUGUUUACAAGGGAGAACGGCCCUUCAGCUGCUCAGAAUGCAACGAGGACUUUCAAAGGCAGUACCAUCUCAAAAAACACCAGCUGGAAAAACACCCUCUAAUGGUGGACCAGACUGUCGAACCUGAGUCCAAGGACAUUGAGAACCAACAGAGUCAGUUGUCUGAGAGUUCUGAGGCACAUACGCGUUUCACCUGUGACAUAUGUGGAAUGACUAUUAUGAAUAAAGGCAACAUCAACAGACAUAUGUUAACACACACAAAGAAGCCCUUUAGUUGUGAUAUCUGUGGUGAGAAUUUUAAGCGCAAAGCCCAAUUUACCCGACAUCAGAGCAAACACGCGAGAGUUGAGGAGAAAGUAGAAAAACCCUACAGUUGCACUGUGUGUGGCAUGACGUUUGUAUAUUCUAAAAUGCGCAACAACCAUGAGCGCAAACAUAUUGGAGAAGACUAUUGUUGUUCAGACUGUGGCAAGACAUUCAAGGAGCGUCAGGAGCGCGACACACACGAGUGCAUUGUUUUCAAAGGAGACCGGCCCUUCAGAUGCUCAGAGUGCAACGAGGACUUUGAAAGGCAGGACCAUCUCAAACAACACCAGCUGGAAAAACACCCUCUAAUGGUGGACCAGACUGUCGAACCAGAACCUGAGUCCAAGGACAUUGAGAACCAACAGAGUCAGUUGUCUGAGAGUUCUGAGACUGAGGCACCCACGCGUUUCACCUGUGACACAUGUGGUAUGAUUAUUAUGAAUAAAGGCAACAUUAACAGACACAUGUUAAUACACAAAAAGAAGCCCUUUAGUUGUGAUAUCUGUGGUGAGAAUUUUAAGCGCCACACCUGUUUAGCCAAACAUCAAGGAAAACACGAGAGUGUUGAGGAGAAAUUAGAAAAACCCUACAGUUGCUCUAUGUGUGGAAUGAUGUUUGUAUAUCCUAAAAUGCGUGACAACCAUGAAAGCAAACACAUUGGAGAAGACUUCUGGUGCUCAGGAUGUGACAAGACGUUCAAGGAGCGAGGGGAUCGCGAUGUGCACAAGUGCGUUGUUUACAAGGGAGACCGACCCUUCAGAUGCUCCGAGUGCAACGAGGACUUUGAAAGACAGUACCAUCUCAAAAGACACCAGCUGGAAAAACACCCUAUAAUGAUGAACAAGCCACGUCCCGGUCAUGAUACUGCGAUGGAAGUACAGGGAGCACAGCCUUCAAAUGACAAUGACCCUAAGGCCGAUAUGAGUACGUUAGGUGGAAAAGUUCCAGUAACAUAACCUGAGUUUAAGUUGACACAAGUGAAAUGGCUUCAACUGAAUUAAGUUGUUUUAAGUACAAAAAGGAUAGACAUGUAAUUGAAUGAAGGGGUGACGGAUAGCGUUGGAAAUAGUGUGUAGAACAGCGAUGGGGCUGGGAUUCAAUCCCACACAGGCAGGGGAUCGCAUCUCUGCCUUUACUGCACAACUAACUUCAGGCACCUGGAUAAUGUUUUACAGCCAUCUUUAAUGCUCAUGUUGGGCCUAGAUUCGAUCUGGACUGUUACAGCGCGCUUCACGUUUUAAAUGACGUUUCCGAUUGAGCCAAAAUAUGCAGCAUUUAACGUGAAUAGACUGUGAUUCCCAAACCACCCCCUCACCCCUACCAACUCACUCGGAGGGCUCUCCGUUGUCACGUGUUGCUGUCAACUCCCAAGGGUGACUUCCAAAGAGAGGCGAGGGGAUCAAUAAACUGUCCACUUCGGGACACACUUGUGGGUAUACUGAUGAUUUGUCUGGACUGAUGGUUUGUUUACAUAGCAGGUUAGGAGAACUAACCGCAGCCGGUUAGGAUAAUUAGCGUAGUAGGUUAGGGAAAGGGUUAGAGUUAGAGUUAGGCUUAACUAAAAUGCUACAGUUGUCCACAACUAGAUGGAGCUGUAGGUCUACUCCGUCUAGCCACAACCAUCUAAACCAUCAGCUAUGGCAGGGGUUCCCAAACUUUUUUGCCCAGACCCCCCCCCCUUCCAACAUUGGGGACCACCCUGUGCCCAGCGUCUAUUUUCUAAGUAUAUUUCUCUGUUCACACUCCUCUUGAUGGUGGGGAGAAUUUUGCAGUUUUAAAGCUCAUUUUUCUUAUUCUAUACAUUUAGCCAUCUGUGUGUUCAUGUGGUAUUUGAGAGACUCAAACAUUACAACAAUCUAUGGGCUAAAAAACGUCUUCACAGAAAGGGUUGUAUUAGAGUUGUUAAGCAAAAUGGAAUUGAGAAAUAUUUCUUGUGACUCAGUGGUUUCAGUAACAGCAUUUAUUUUUUUAAGGUUUGUCUACUCGAUAUGUUCUUGUUUAUUGAGAGGAAUAAAAAAAAAAAA